AUGUCUGGAGCCAGCCAAGACCUUCUUGUCCCCGACCUCAUCAGUCUCUCCAGGAUUCCCGAGCUCAACGGCAUCACCACAUGCAAGUACCGCAUCAUCUCCAACAGCGCCAGCAUCUGCACCAUCGUAGUUCAGUUCGACGAGGAUCAGUCCCCUCGGGGUCUUCCAACCCACCUCAUCAUCCGCUUCGAGAAGAGCAGAGAGGGCAACCCGCUCUUGGCGACCGCGGCAAUCCAACGGCUUGCUCACCUCAGACUCCCCCACGUUGUGCCCAAGGUUUGGGGUGCUGGCCACACCCAGACCGAAGCAGGCACCCAGCUGACGUACAUGAUCUCACAGUUCUACAUGGAUACGUUCACGCUCGACACGGUCUGGGACGAUAUGGAUAGGUUCACGCAAUACUUCAUGGCAAAGGCAGUUGCCAGCGCUAUGUUCCAGUUGCGGGACGCUUCCUUGGUUGAGGCCGGUGACGAAGCGCAGGAAGUCCUGCAAGGAACACCAUUUGAAAGGAACGCAACUGCGCCUCCCACUCUGGUAGGUGGUCCUGCUUACGGUUAUUUCCCAGGUUUCGAGUCAUUCUUUAGGGCCAUGGUAAGCCCCGGCAGCGCCAAAUACAGCGUCGAUCAGAAACCGGAUGGGGCUGUCACCAUUCGAACGCAAUCCACAGAGGAGGUCGACUUGGAUUUCGCCAAAACGGACCUAGAUCUGUUGACGCAGACGUCAGGCUUGUGUCACAACAACCUGGAGCCUCAAAACAUCCUCGUUCGACAAGUCAAGAGCGAUCAAGGCAGAGCCACGUGUCAGUUUGUUUCCGUCAUCGGCUGGGCCGCUGCCGGUUUCCUCCCCCUCGCAUUUGAGAUUGGCUUCAAGGACACCUGCCUCGGCCUGCAGAACCAGUCCUGGACGUGGUACCGUGUGUACAGAGCGUACGCCGGAACCGUUCUCGCCAAGACAUUCCCCGUCGCUCACCACAUCUGUUCGAAGCUGAUCCGUGCCAUGGUACUUACCGACCUCUCUAGAAAGGACAGCAAUAAGCUGAACGUUGGCAACUUGGUUCAGAAGCUUUGGCAUGAAAGGGAAAAGACCGGAGACCACGUAGCGGAAACUGGAUACGUGAAGAGCCCCGACGCUGAAAGAAUUACGUCCUUCACUGCGGCGGACAAUGCAGAGCUUGAGCUGGAAGCUUUGCGCAGACUGGGGUACAUACGUUGA